CUGACUAGCAAGGUAUUUGCCUGGAUGCAAAAACAUUCACUUCAAAUUGCCUGCAUCAAAGCCCAGUAGUCUCCUCUCAGUUGGUCAGCCUGGUCUGCAUCUAUGAACUCCUUGCCGCCCACCACCUCGGCCGUCAGCAGCCCUGUAAGCUCCCUGGACUCGCCGCUGUCCGUUAUCAGCUCGUCCAUCGGCUCUCCUGGUGUGCCCGGGACUCCUUCGGUGGGCUACGGACCCCUCAGCAACCCACAGAUUAACUCCUCGAUGUCUGAGCUGCAUGCUGUCAGCAGCUCUGAUGAUGUGAAGCCACCAUUUGGCCUGAAGUCUUCAGGGGGCACCGGGCCAAUGCUGUCCCAGAAACGCCUCUGUGCCAUCUGUGGAGACCGCUCGUCCGGUAAGCAUUACGGGGUGUACAGCUGCGAGGGCUGUAAGGGCUUCUUCAAGCGCACAGUGAGGAAGGACCUGAGCUACAUUUGCAGAGACAGCAAAGAGUGCCUCGUGGACAAGCGCCAGCGCAAUCGCUGCCAGUACUGCCGCUACCAGAAGUGCCUGGCGAUGGGGAUGAAGAGAGAAGCUGUCCAGGAUGAGCGUCAGCGGAAUAAGGAGCGCGAAGGGGAUUAUGAGUUCAGCUCUGCCGCCAACGAGGAGAUGCCUGUGGAGAAGAUCCUGGAAGCCGAGACGGCUGUGGAGCAGAAGACCGAGCUUCACUCUGAUGGCAGCUCCGGGACCGGCUCUCCCAGUGAUCCGGUGACUAACAUCUGUCAGGCAGCAGAUAAACAGCUGUUCAGCCUGGUGGAGUGGGCCAAGCGCAUCCCUCACUUCUCCGAGCUGCCCCUGGACGACCAGGUCGUUCUGCUCCGAGCAGGGUGGAAUGAGCUCCUGAUUGCCUCGUUCUCUCACCGUUCAAUCGGGGUGAAGGACGGGCUCCUUCUGGCCACUGGUCUGCACGUGCCCAGAGACAGCGUCCACAACACCGGGGUCGAGGCCAUCUUUGACAGAGAGAGUGCACACAGCGCUGAGGUGGGGGCCAUAUUCGACAGGGUGUUAACUGAGCUGGUCAAUAAGAUGCGGGAUAUGCAAAUGGACAAGGCGGAGCUGGGCUGUCUGCGGGCCAUCGUCCUCUUUAACCCAGAUGCCAAAGGUUUGACUAACACCAGUGAGGUGGAGCUCCUGCGAGAGAGAGUGUAUGCGUCCCUGGAGGCCUACUGCAGGCAGAAAUAUCCUGAACAACAGGGCAGGUUUGCUAAGCUCCUCCUCCGGCUGCCUGCGCUGCGCUCCAUUGGCCUGAAGUGUCUGGAGCACCUUUUCUUCUUCAAGCUAAUCGGCGACACCCCCAUCGACACGUUCCUGAUGGAGAUGCUGGAGGCUCCCCACUAGGCCGGCCCUGAGGCAUGCUGGGAGACGGGGCUCUGCCACCCGAGAUCACUGUGACUGCACUUUUUUCGAUCCCAGGGCAACUUCAGCAAUUUGGCCAGCCUCCGGUCUGGGGUACACUUUCAUUAUCGCGUUUCUCUUCAUAAGUGCACCACAGAGUCUAGAGACCCAAAACUUGCCAUGAACUUAGAAUAUGUUGGUGCUACGUUUCAGUUGUAAGUCUUGAAUUCUUGAGGAAUAUAUAUUUUUUUUCUUUUUUUUUUUAAGAAAAGAUUGGAACCUUCAGUUCCCUUUUACUAGCUUACAUAAAAGUGGGGUUUACAUUUUGAUAGAAACCAUUUGAGUGGAUAUAAGCUUUAAUUGUCAGUGAGUGUGCUCCUUCAUCAUCUCUUCAGUUGUUUUUUUAAAUCCCUAAGUGACUAAUUUAUUCAGCCCAGACCUUAAAAGACUGGCGGAAAUUUAAUUGAACGAACAGUUUAAACUGUUUUUUAAAAACUGUUUCUAAACUGAAUAAAAAUCACUCUACCGGUUUUGGGUAGUCUGGCCAAAUAAACAUAUAUAUGCAAUGAAGCUCGAAAUCAUGCACAAAAAGUGAGGGGAACGGCUCUUUAAUGUCCAUAAGGACAUGCAUUAUGAUGUGCGAUUAGCAGAAUAAUGUUAGACCUGUAUGUUGGGGGUCUUAGCAUGCACUCGUUUUAAAGGGGAACUCCACCAAAUUUUCAAAAUCACUGCAAGUUCAGUCUUUGAGAUGUAACGCCGUUCAGAGUGGUUCGAUGCGACACGCUUGAUUUUACACUCUUAAAAAAGAUGGUUCUUCACGGGUUCUUUAGUAAAGAAAAUGGUUUUAUAUAGAACCAGGAACACCCACAGAACCCUUUGUAUGACUAAAGGGUUCUUUGCAUCGUGAAUUGGUUCUUAAGAUUGAUGGAGAAUGUGCUGAAGAUGGUUCUGUUUAGAGCCAUUUUGAUAAGGGUUCUGUUAUUGUUACGAUGUCAAGCUUGUAGCAGUAGAUGAACACUUUUCAAAAGGUUUUAUGUGCAAACGACACAUUUUCCCAUCAAUGAAGAACCCUUUUAUGAUGCAAAGAACCCUUUAAUCUUUGAGUGUUCAUGGUUCUUCAUAGAACCUUUUUCUUUUCUAAAGAACCCUUGAAGAACCUUCCUUUUUAUUGUGUAGAGAAACUUUAGGGCCGACACGUGUUUCUUUACAAUGGUGCUGAUGGAAACCAGGGGUCACGAUGUCUACAGUAUCGGUUAAUGAUGGUGAAAAAGUGGUAAAUCGGAAAAAAUAAGUUUUCUUUGGGGACGAUUUUGCCUCGCAGUGCCCUGCACGACUCCUUCCACCACAAAUGAAUGAAUCGAUUUUAAAAUGCAUUAUUUUUAGGCCAAAACCAGACGUCGGGUUCCCAUCAGCACCUGCAUGAACUAACAUCAAACCACUCGGAAUGAUCUCGAACAUUGAAUUGAGCAGAAAUUUGAAAAUUUCACCCCUUUAAAUAAGACUGUGAGUGCCUGAAUGAUCAAUGCUUGACACGUUGUACUGUUUAUUUUUGUUUUUCUUUUUAAAGUUUUGAUAUGUUUGGUGAAAAAAUGGAAAGUUAACUAGGAAUAAAUAAUCACGUCACUACAUUUAGCCACGCAUUGCAAUUCUGACUGCAGUGUUCCCGGGUGAAUUCAUCAAAACCUGCCAGUAACAUUGCUUUGGGUGUUUUGUUUUGUUUUUAUUUUUAUUUUUGUUCAUUUUCCUUCUCCAGUUAUCAUUCAAUUUGUAAAUGCACGCUUGUUUUCAUCACAUAUCAGAUAACCGUAUAAACUUGAGUUAUGAUUCCUUACGUUAAACUGCACUAUACAAAUUAAAAUGUCAUCAAAUGUUUGACCAA